CUAGGUUGUUGCGUUGUUGAUCGCCAGGCCAGCGUCUUUCUCUGCCUGCGACUUCAGAAGCCCUGAGCGCAGGCUGAGGAUCGCGGCCAGGAUGGCUCUGCGCUUGCUGUACCUUCUGGUGUUGGGGGCGGUCAUUCUGCGGGAGAGCUGCUUCGGUGCCUCCUCCCACUCCAUGAAGUUUUUCUACACCGGCAUCUCGGAGCCCAGUCAAGGGCAGCCCCACUUUUUCACUCUGGGGUUUGUGGAUGAUCAACUCUUCAGUUCCUACGACAGCAACAGCCGGAAGAAGCAGCCUCGAGUCUCCUGGAUGGAGAAAGUGGGGCAGGAGGAUCCCCAGUACUGGGACAGAGAGACCCAGAAAGUACGUGGCCAUGAGGAGGUGUUCAGAGAAGGCCUGGAGAUUCUGAGGAGUCGCUACAACCAGAGUGAAGGCCUUCACACAUGGCAGGAGAUGUAUGGCUGUGAGCUCCAGAGAGACGGGAGCAAAGGAGGGUUUGACCAAUAUGGCUACGAAGGGAGGACCUUCAUCACCUUCGACAAGGAGACCCUCACCUGGGUGGCUCCCGAUCCCCUGGCCCAGAUCACCCAGAGGAAUUGGGAUGCUGAUCUAGGAUGGAGUCAGGGAAAUAAGGUCUACCUGGAGGAAAUCUGCAUUGAAUGGCUGGAGAAACUCCUGUCCUAUGGGAAGGAGACGCUGCUGAGGACAGAGACUCCAGUGGUGAUGAUGAGCAGCAGGACAGAGUUGGAGGAUGGGAUGGAGACGCACGUCUGCCAAAUCCAUGGCUUCUACCCCAGGGAGAUCGAUGCCUCCUGGAGGAGGGACGGAGAAGUCUGGCUGGAAGACACCUUCCAUAAGUCUGUGGCCCCCAAUGUGGAUGGGACCUACCACUACUGGCUCAGCGUCCAGAUCAAUCCCAAAGAGAGAGACCGCUAUCGGUGCCACGUGGAACAUGAUGGCCUGCAGAAGCCUCUGGACUUGGAGCUGAAGGAACCAACCAAAUCAAAAUACAACCUGGGGCUCAUCAUCGGCUGCGUUGUUAUGGCUGCUCUUGUCCUGGUGGGUCUGAUUGCUGGGAUCCUGGUAUUCAUCAAGAGACGUCAGGAUGGCUACAAAGCAACACCCACAAGUGACAAAGGAUCCAACAGUUCAGACCAGGGGAGCAAACAGGCCAUUUAGCAGCCCCCUUGUAGUGGAGACUCCCAGCAUAAAGAGAGAGGAAUGAAAAGGGAUCAGCCUUCUUCUGAAUUGGGCCGGACUCUUAGCAGGAGCCCUUCAGGCCCUUCCUGCAUGCUGGAACCAGGAGAGAUUUUGGGUCUUCCAUCAUUGCUUUUAUCAAUGAAUCAAUAACCUUUUUCUAUUAUGAUUGAGGAUCACAGGAGAAAAGAAUAUUUUAUGUGUUACUAAUUGUGGAAUCAAAAGAUUUCAAAUUGGGUUUCUAGAUAAUAGUUUGUAAUAGGUAGGUUGCAGAACACCUUUAAUGGGCUUUUGCUGAUUAAUCUUAGUGGAUGGAGAUUAGAGGUUAAAGAAGAGGUUUUAGAAAUGGGUUAUAGAGAAUGGGGCGAGGAAUAGGAUGAAGAGUUUCUUGGUUUUACUUUAAAAAUAUUUAUAAGUUGUUAAUUUUCAUUAUACUUGUUGGGGAUACAGGUGGAGUUUUCUUUUUCUUUUUCUUUUUGUUGUGUUAAUUUUAUCUGUUUAUCUAGUCUGAUGAAACUAUUACUGAGAGAAGUGUGCAUUUUGAGAUUUUUCUUUCAUUAAAAUAGUCAACAUUUUAAUUGAUUAUUGCACCAUUAUUUGACCAUAUAUUUGAUAACACAA